UUAUCUUUUUUUUUCUCCGAAAAGGCGAAAACAACAAAAAAUAUAAAAACUUUUUAUAUGGAUUAAUUAAUCGUGAAUGAAUUAAUAUAUUUUAUUUGUAUUAUCGUUUAUUUGAUAUAAAAUCCAAUCUUGUACAGUAUACUCAUCUUCUGCAAACCGAAGAAAUGCCACCAACCAUUCAGGGUAGUAGCAGUGGCGAUGCUGAGAAACGAAAUGUUCGAAGCGGUGAAAGAAGAUCUGAUCUCGUAGUGAGACCAAAAUACUGUAAUACAUUGCCAGAUAUCCCUUUCGAUGCGAAAUUCUUGAAGUACCCGUUCGAAAACAACAGAUUUAUGGAAUAUAAACCUACCUCGUUGGAAAGGAAUUACAAAUAUGAAGUUUUAGCCGAGCUAGAUCUCGGUGUAUUUAUCGAUUUAAUUACUCCCGAUUUGUACACAGUCGAUGGUACCGAAGUACUUGAUCCGGCCGAUGAAAAAUUACUCGAAGAAGAUAUUGUACCGCAUCAAGAUUCUAAACGAUCGAGACAUCAUGCUCAAAGUGUAUCGUGGCUACGUCGUACCGAAUACAUAUCUACGGAACAAACUAGAUUUCAGCCGACCAAUAUUGAAAAAGUCGAAGCCAAAGUCGGAUUCAGUAUUAAGAAGAACUUCAAAGAUAGUGUUUUGUGUAUGGAUCGACAAGGACAAAUCGACGCUAUUGAGAAAACGUUCAAAGAAGUCAACGAUCCUAUUACGAAACAUCAUAGUAAACCGAAUGUUCAUGCUGUUGAAGUGUUACCAGUAUUCCCAGAUUUCAAGUCUUGGAAGUAUCCAUGUGCUCAAGUAAUUUUCGAUUCUGAUCCGGCUCCAGUUGGUCGACCUGUACCAGCUCAAAUUGAAGAAAUGUCUCAAGCUAUGAUUAGGGGUGUACAAGACGAAAGUGGAGAGCAAUUCGUCGCUUACUUUUUACCUACCGAAUCGACUCUUGAAAAACGCCGACAAGAUUCUACGGAGAGUAGGCAGUACGAAGAAGAAUUUGAAUACGAAUACAUGAUGGCCAGAGAAUACAAUUGGACUGUUAAAAGUAAAGCUUCCAAAGGUUACGAAGAGAACUACUUUUUGGUUAUUCGAAACGACGGAGCGUACUUCAACGAAUUGGAAACAAGAGUACGUUUGAGUAAACGUAGACAGAAAAUGGGUCAACCACAGAAUAUUACUCGUUUAGUAGUCAAGCACCGACCACUCGAUGAACGAGAAUUUGAAAUGCAUAGACUACGAGAACAACAACUUGAUAGUGUAGAGCUAAUGGGGUGAGAUUAUAUGGAGACGAUGUAAUUUUUUUUACAAGUGUGAAAAUUUUGGAAUAGUUGUAAAAUUGUUUUACUCUCUUUUUUUGUAAAAUUGAUAAUAAUAUGUAAUAUGUUAUGAUUAUGAUGUACGUACCUACCAAAGAAGACCGAUGUAUUGAAAUACUAGAUGUAUUGAGAAUGUUUGAGUAUCAUCCCUUUGAAAUGAUGUAAUUGGUACGUAAUAAAGUCCUUAAAAUUUUUA